AUGUUCUAUGUUGUGAAUGCAACGAUUGGCCUCUCUCGAAAAGAGAUGGAAGAAGAACAGAAAGAAACUGUCUUUGGUGUGACCACUCUUGAGCAUAAAGAGCUCAUUGGAUGGUUGAAGUCGCAGAAGUUUGACUUGGCAUUCGCUCACAUGUUUGAUGUGUGUCCCAUCGGACUGAUUCAUGCCGCCCAAAUACCAAGUUGGAUUUGGCUCAACAGUUGGCGAGAUGAAUUUCGUACAAAGAGCGAAGAGUUUGAUUGGGCAUGGACUUAUAAAGUUUCUUUGGAAAAGUUACUGUGGGUGUUUAGGUGGAUUGUUGAGCCAGAAAUGGAUCUUUUCCGGACUUACCUAUCUCCCGACUUUCCGGAUAUUUUAGAAUUAGCUGCAAAGUGUCCUUUGGUAAUCCAUUCUAUUCCAUAUUCCUGA